AGCAAACCCAAGCUAAAGAGCAGCGGACAUGCACUGCCGUCCUCCGCUUCACAGGGGGAGCUGCUGGUAGAAGAUAUCAGGAAAGGGUGUGUGCACUCCUCUGGCCAUGGAUGACUUCACCACACGCACCUAUGGCACCAGCGGCAUGGACAACAGGCCUCUGUUCGGGGAGACAUCUGCCAGGGAUAGAAUCAUCAAUCUAGUGAUCGGUGGACUUGCGUCUUUACUCGUUCUGGUGACCAUCAUUAGUUCAUUCGUCUUCCCAUCUCUCCCUCCCAAGCCACUGAAUAUAUUCUUAGCCAUUUGUAUCAUGCUAGUCUGUGGAUCAGUGUUGGUUCUGAUACACUGGUAUAGGCAAGGAGACCUGGAGCCCAAGUUUCGCAACUUGAUCUACUACAUGCUCUGUUCCAUCGUUCUGCUGUGUAUUUGUGCCAACUUGUAUUUCCACGAUGUGGGACGUGAUAAACAGAGCAAUGCCUUAUAAAGCUGUUUCCACGGGAGCCGUCCCAAUCAGCGGAAUGUUCAUCAUUAUGUGGGUGCUUUAGAACCCCACUCGAGUUCUUCAAUCAGGAGAAUUCAUUUUCCUACAAGCCCCAUUUGUGUGGGCAGGGCCAGUCUGCCUUUGGGAGUCAUUUUAGCGGACUAAACAUAUUAUAGAUGCAAAUAUACUAGCGAUCAGUAGCACUCUGGGAUGUCCGUGCACACAUUUUGCACCCUUAAUGCUGUACACCGCUUUACCUAUAUGCCAAUGUAAUGACAAGACUGGGAUGUUUUGAAAUAAGCCAUGGCAAUGUAAUGCACAAUGCUUUUAUAUUUGUACAUGACACACCUGUGGAACAUUCCUAAUUAAGAAAAAUGUUUUUUUUGUAUUUAAAUUAUUAGAAAUUCAAUCUUGAAUAAGAGCACUUGAUUAAAGACAUGCAGCAGUCAGUGUAAAUAAUGCUUUUUGUUCAUUUUUCUAAAUUACUGAACACUGUGUUAUUUGAUAUGGUGAAAACCUUACAAUUUUGGUUAUCAACUGUUGUAAUUUUGGAUUUUAUGUAAUGUAUAAAUACAUAUACACAAAAUACAUUUGUUGUGCU